CUAAAAUGGAUCUCUCACAGCUAGCAGAGAAGUUGGGUCUCUCAGAAUCCAAGCAAUUGAUCCGCAAAGCCGCCGAGCUCCGUCGCCUCGCCGACAUCCAAUUUGACUCUUCCAUUAUCGGAGUCGGGGAGAUUUGUAAGGCUAUUAUUUGCUUAGAGAUUGCUGCUACCAGGUCGGAUGUGAUAUUUGAUCGACACAGUGCGAUAAGGCUUAGUGGGAUGUCUGAGAAGGCUUACUCUAGAUCCUUCAAUUCAAUGCAAAAUGGAAUCGGUGUCAAGAACAAGCUUGAUAUCAGAGAAUUGGCAAUUCAAUUUGGAUGUGUUAGGCUCAUUCCUUUCGUUCACAAGGCCUUAUCUCUGUAUAGGGAUCGUUUUCUCACAUCAUUACCACCUUCUCGUCGGGGAAGUGCUGACUUCACUCGGCCUGUAUUUACUGCUGCAGCAUUCUACUUGUGUGCAAAAAGGCACAAGCUCAAGGUGGACAAGAUUAAGUUAAUUGAGCUAUGCGGCACAUCAGAAUCUGAAUUUUCUAGUGUAUCUACCUCGAUGAAGGACCUUUGCUUUGAUGUGCUUGGGAUAUCAAAGGAAAAGAAAGAUCCAAAGGAAGUGAAAGGGAACCGAGAUCUUCUAGAUGUAUUGCCUGAAAAAAGAAGAGUUGAGGAUGGUGGCUAUUCAUCUGAUGAAGGAAAGGAGGUUUCAGCCUACAAGAAACGUAAGCGAUCAGAGAACCAUGCUUACGAGGAGUGGAAGUCUACAGUUCUUGAAUCAAAUAACCACAACAAAGCAAAAGUUCCUACUAAGCGAACCAAGCAAGCUCGACUCAACUUCCCUAAAGGAGUUACUGAAACCCAGCAAGGCCACAAUGGAAACGAAAAGGGUUGA